GUCAUUUAAUUAGUUGGUGCCAUGUGCUAUAUCAGAAAAUAAAACAUUAGUUUAUAUACUUAAUCAGUCCUCGUCGUCGUCGCCAUAUAUAGUAGAUCAAGAAUCUUGGAUGAGACAAAGAGAAGAUCCUGGAGGAGAAAAAGAUGACAAAACUCGUUUCCAAGAUAUUUAAGAGGUUGAUUUCUCAAAGUCAGUACAUGUCUUCUUCUACUACUAGCAAUCUCCCUGCUGCUUCACAAACUUCCAAUCUUGAGAGCCAAUUGCUUUCUUCAGCUCCACCACCCGCAAAGAAGAAAAGAGGGUCAGCGUUGUUAUGGUACUUAGUUGGAUUCACUACUUAUGGUCUCGGUGAGACGUAUAAGUUCCUACAAACACAAGUGUACAAGGAACAUCUUGAUUCUAGAAAACAAUGCUUGGAAAUGAAACCAAUGAAGCUGAAUACAACGAAAGAUUUGGAUGGGUUAGGAUUUCGACGGGUGGUAUGCAAAGGCAUUUUCGAUGAGCAAAGAUCGAUCUAUGUGGGUCCAAAGCCUAGAUCCAUGUCUAAAAGUUCUGAAAUUGGCUUUUAUGUCAUUACACCUCUUUUGCCAAUCCCUAAUGAACCUAAUAGUAUGAAGUCCCCUAUUCUAGUAAAUCGCGGAUGGGUUCCUUCGGAUUGGAAAGAAAAUUCUCUAGAAUCUCUAGGUACUGGUGGUCUUGUUGCUGCUGCAAAAGAGUCAAGAAAAGCUAAUAAACUUCUCUCCUCUCAACAAAGUCUCUUGUCGAAGUUCUGGUACAAGUUGAACAACCCAAUGAUUGUUGAGCAGGACCAAGUCUCUAGGGCUAUGCAUGUGGAAGUGGUGGGUGUAGUUAGGAAAAGUGAAACUCCAGGCAUAUAUACUCUAGUAAAUUAUCCAAGUUCGCUUGCGUGGUUCUACCUUGACGUUCCUAAACUAGCUCUAGCCAUGGGGUUUGGUGAGGACACAAUGUAUAUAGAGAGUACGUACACAGAUAUGGAUGAAAGUAGAACUUAUCCAGUUCCAAGAGACGUUGAGAACUUGACUCGUAGUAAGGAUAUACCACUGGACUAUCACUUGUACACAGUUUUGUGGCACUGGAGUUCCCUGACUUGCUUUAUUAAGGCGUCUUCGAUUUUAAUGCGAAGAUUAACAAAAUCUGAUCCUAUUGGUGUAGAGCCAAUAUUGAUUCCAAUUUCCAUUCUCGUUUUUAUAUGUACCAAGAUAUACAGUCUUCGUAACUUAUUUUGUAAAAUAGACACUAUUGGUGUUGGGUGUGUCACUAAACUCGACACAGGAAAAGUCAAAUGACAUGCCCAAUGAAGUCCAUAAUGAAGGGUGAAUAAGUUCGAAAUCGCGGUUCGGAUUGACUAAGAUCGGUGGCCACCAGAAGAUCGCAGAGAGGAUAUGGAUUGUGAGCUUGAUUAUAAGCAAAGGAGAAGAGAGAUAAAUGGGAUAAUUUUAUUACGAACCAGAACUUUUUGUAUUCAAUCAAUUUUCCCGUAUGUAUUCAUCUCUUAGAAACAUCUCGCAUCUUAAACAUCAUCAUUUGUACUCUUCAUUUGUAUUAUCAGUAAAACAAUGGGAAAAAUGUCAUUUAAUCCUC